AUGAGUCGUGCUGCGAAUCGGGCUUGUCUGGUUGCUUUUGCGGCAAUGAUCACCCAUAUCCACCGCCAUGAGCGAGCUUUCGCCAGCGCCGACCCGGAUGCUUAUUUACAAGCAGCGCUAACGCUCCUUCCUGAAAUGUUACUGGAGCCUCCUGAUUUAAGAACCUUGGAAGCGGUGACAAUAUUACCAACACCUCCGAGCUUUGUUCUGGCAUUGCUAUGCCGUCGACAAAGAAUUCUCUAUCCGAAAAUCACAACCACCCUUGAUAAACGACGCCGACUGCGAUCUAGAUCUGCCUACAACAUACGCCCAGGAAACCUCAGAACGCCACUUCUACAUGAAGCCCUUGUCAUCCAAGGAGCUUCUUUUCCCUCCGACCUCCGCUUUUCCUUGCUCAAGUCCAAGAUCUUCCGAUUGCUUUAUUCAGCGCACAGUCAGACGCUACCAGAAGCUAGACGCAUUCAAUAUAUCCGUGAAUUAGACCAGGAACUGAGUGAUUUGAACCUGGGGUAUCCCGCCGACUGCCGGCCGGAGGUGUUCGCCACCGAGAGCGCACCGGACUAUCUGUUCCACGAUAUCAGUAUGCGCGGGGUGAAUAUCCAUUUGGAAUAUUACUACUGCCUCGGAAAGAUCCACGGAGCGAGUAGCUCUUCCAAGAUACCUUCUCCGCAGAGCUGGUCGCCUCUCCCAUCUAGUGCAGAGCUGUGCUUUGAAGCUGCGCGGUGUUCGCUGAUCUACAUCUGGCGAGUCCGCCAGUUCAUCAACCAGCAUACAUUCUGGCUUCACGCGCAGUUUCUCCUCACGGCCGUUCUCUCGGUCUUCUGGUAUCUAAUCACUGUUCCGACUUCAUCUACUUUCACAAGGGAUCUCAAGACCUUGGAGGAUAUCGCUGGGCUCUUGGCUCACCUUGGCAGACCGGCGGAUGAUGGGCAGACUUACCCACCAUUUUAUUUAGCGCAGGCUUUUGUUGAGAGGUUGGUCUCCAUGGCGCGGCAUUCCAGGUCUAGGAUUGAGGGUACAUGA